AUGCCCACCGUAACCGCAAGCGCUGGCAACAAAUUCGAACUCAUGGUCGUUUCUGCAAAUAGCAGCGUCGAACAUGUACCGAAGCACUGCCCGACAGCCCAUCUACGUCCCGGCGCAUCGCAGGACGCGCAAGUGGCUGGGUUUGGCUCCACAGAGACCGGAUACGUGAUCCGAUUCAACGAUACGGAGUCGGCCGGCGUCGCUCGCAACAACACCCAAUGGUUGAUCGAACUGGGUAACAUCACGAAGAUAGUCAAACCGCUGUUUGGCAUCGUUGUUCACUGCACUCCAACAGAAGACUUGGAUCUGGAACACGCCAGAGAGCAAGCUAUCGAAAAGAUUUUGAAUGAGAAAACCGGGAAUUCAGAAUCGAGGAAGUAG